AUGCUGGCAGGAACAACAAUAAUCUUGUUAUUCUUGUGGAGUGUUUUUUUAUUAACUAAAGGAUAUCCAAGUUACGUCGAUGACGACAUUCCAGAGUUGAACUACCUGAACAGAAGUGUUGAUCCAUGCCAGGAUUUCUACGAAUAUGCCUGCGGGAACUUUAAAAAUGAACACCCUUUAUCGGACGGUGUCCUCACUAUCGAUCAAUACACCUUAUUGGACGAAAAACUGACAGCAUUGGCUAACGAAAUAUUAUUGUCUGACGAGACACCUGAAGAUCCGCAAGCUUUGAGAAAGGCCAAAUCAGCUUAUCAAGCAUGCAUCGACCAGGGAUACAUGAACAACAUGGCGGACCCGGAAGUAUCUGUAGUCAGGGAACAAGAUGGCUUCCCACUGGUACAAUCUACAAUGAACAAAAGACGCACGGAAUUCAGCUGGAACGAUAUUGGAAAAGCAGCUAGCGAUUACGGCCAACCAAUGAUGUUCAACAUUCAGGCAUAUUCGAAUCCAUCGAAUAGUACGAAAAAUCUGUUAUACAUAUCUCAGACUACACUCACCCUUCCUGCUCAGAUAAGAUCUUCUCGAGAACUGUCUUAUGAACACCUGAUCAAUCAAGGAUUCUCAGAAGUUGCUCAGGAGGAAAGUACCAAGGGUCGUUCCGCUCUGAGACCUUUCGACAUCUUUCUGAGGAAAAUGGCGUUCAAAGUACGAGAUGCUCUGUCUGUCAAUGUCAGCGACGAACAAGUCAUUGCCAAUAUCAAUAUCAUGUCCAAUUUCAUGAGAGGAAUCUUCCUUGGAGGCUAUGUUCCAGAUAAUACUUAUAUCAGAAAUUUGACUGAUGGGACUACAAUAACCCUGCAAGAGCUGAAUGAAUGGACUAAGGAGCAUUUCAAUAACACUGCAAAGAUAGACUGGAUAGAGUAUCUCAAUCAUAUCAUCCAAGCUUCUGGUGUCAAAGUUGAUGGAGACACCGAAGUUUUCGUUUACGACGGUCUUCCCAGGCUGAUCUACGGUAUUUUGAAUCUGGUCAGGAUAAGCGAAACCGAUACUGUCAAAAAUUUCGUUUUGAUGAGAAUUUUUCUGAUGAUGGCGCCUGACGGAGAUAUGCAAAGCAGACGAAUUGUCGAAGAUUAUUUGAGGGGUUUGAAUGUGCAAAUUCUGCCAAGGUGGAAAUAUUGUACUAGGAAGUUGAUGGAUUCUACUGGCACAGCUUCCCUGAGUUUUGCUGUGGCCUACGAAUAUCAACUACGUUAUUUUGAUACCGACAAUUUGGGACAGGCUGUUCAAAUGAUCAGAGACAUACAAGAUACUUACAGAGAUAAUCUAAACUCUUCUGAUUGGAUGGACCAACAGUGCCAAGCAAAGGCGAUAGACAAAUUCGACAAAAUGGUGACUAUACUGGGCUAUCCGGAUUUCGUGCCUGAGGCAUCAUCGCUCGACAAGUUUUACGAAAAUUUGACAAUCUACAAGUGGGACAACUACGGAAACACGAAAAGAAUCAACUCGUUCAGGAACGCAUAUCAAAUUUCACAGAUUGCCAGAAGGGAUAGAACAUUUUGGGACAAAUCACCAUUUGAAGUUAACGCCUACUACAAUAGGCCCAAUAAUAAAAUAACAUUCCCUAUUGCGAUGUUGAACCCAGUAUUCUUUGGUAGCAAAAACAGUGUUCUUGACUACGGAAGAAUAGGGAGCAUUAUCGGUCACGAAAUGACUCAUGGUUUCGACGAGGCUGGUAAAAAUUACGAUUCUGAGGGCAUACAACAGCAAUGGUGGACGCAAAAAACCCAAGAAACUUUCGAAAAUAAAACUAAGUGCUUUAUCGAAAAAUAUAACAGUUAUUAUGUGCCAAAAAUAAAUAUGCAUGUUGAUGGUACUAAAACUUUGAACGAGAAUAUAGCUGACAAUGGCGGAGCAAGACAAUCGUUCAGAGCAAUGAAAAAAAUGUUGGCCAGAAACCGUGUGAGCGGUGAUACGAAGAACUUCACAGCUGAACAACUUUUUUUCAUUGGGUUUGCCACUAUGUGGUGUAAUAACCCUUCUCUAGCAUAUAUGUCAGCAAUGAGUAAUGAUCAACACGCUUUCAACAAAUGGAGAGUAAACGGAGUAGCAUCUAAUAUGGAGGAGUUCUCAACAGCUUUCAGUUGUCCUAUGGACAGCGAAAUGAACCCACGUGACAAGUGUGAGUUGUGGUGA